AUUUGCAUUUGGCGAACACGGAUGAUGGUGUCAAUGUGAGAUCACCUCUUACUGUAAUCCCAGCAUGUGACUCCGCGCUUGUCGCCUGCUGGUUGUUUGCUGUGUCAAGACAGACAAGGAAAAACCCCAAACUUCCUUGUAUCGACUCACAACUCAAAGAGACGCUGCUGGCCGCCACACCAGCCGCGACGGACUCAAACACAAAACCCGAGCGUGAAGACGCAUUUUAAACUUGAAUGCACAGGUGUGAACUGAGUGGGCUGCACACACCGGCUGAAAAGAGAUGAAUUGUGAUGUUAGUCUCUUCCCAGCUGUUCAGCCAUGGAGUAGAACCGCAACCACCGCGACCCCUCUGACCCUCAAACACCCCGACACCUCUACAUGGGUCUUCUCCUCGCCGCUCCCAGUUCACGACUCCUUCCGUCCCCCCUGUGAGAAAAUGCACCCCGGCGAGUCCGACCCAUCCCCGGACCCCCAGCUCUUGGAAGCCCAGCUGGACUUUUUCCACAAGCUGGGCUACUCCACGGCUCAGGUCCUGGCCGUUCAGCAGAAGUUCGGCCCCAGCAUAGACACCGACAAAGUGCUCGGGGAGCUGGUCCGGAUCGGGGCCAGUCGUGAAGCUAAGCAGGCCCCGGUGACCACCAUGUCCGUGCUGGUGCCCAGAGGGGACACUGAGGCCGUGAGCCCCACCCUGGUGGUGCCUGUUACCAGCACGUCUCCUCCGAGCAAAGAGGAGAACAGCGAGGACGAAGACGCCUUGAGACCCAUCGUUAUAGAUGGCAGCAACGUGGCCAUGAGUCACGGGAACAAGGAAGUUUUCUCUUGUCUGGGGAUCCAGUUGGCCGUGAACUUCUUCCUGGACAGAGGCCACAGUGAAAUCACUGUGUUUGUCCCCUCGUGGAGGAAGGAGCAGCCCAGGCCAGAUGUUCCUAUCACAGAUCAGCACAUUUUGCGCGACCUGGAGAAGAGGAAGAUUCUGGUGUUCACGCCAUCUCGGCGCGUCGCGGGCAAACGGGUGGUCUGUAACGACGAUUGCUUCAUUGUCAAGCACGGCUUCGAAUCCGACGGCAUCAUCGUGUCCAACGACAUGUACCGAGACCUUCAGGCGGAGAAGCCAGAGUGGAAACGCUUCAUCGAGGAGAGGCUGCUCAUGUACUCCUUCGUUAAUAACAAGUUUAUGCCUCCCGAUGAUCCUCUGGGACGCCACGGGCCGACCUUGGAGAACUUCCUGCGGAGGUUUCCAAAGACUCAGAAAAAACAGCAAUGCCCUUACGGGAAAAAAUGUACCUAUGGGAUCAAAUGUAAGUUCCUCCAUCCCGAACGGGCCAAACAGUCCAAUCGUUUGGUUGCUGACGAGCUUCGGGAGAACGCCAAGCUCCCUGCCACAGCUCAGAAACAAGCCUCGGCUCACUCCACCCCAGCGCCCGGGCUGAGCCUCUUGUUGGUGGAGGACAUGGCGAAGAAGCUGUCUCUAGGACACGAGAGCGGCCUCUGGAAGAAAGACCAUAAAAACGAUCACGUGUCCCAGAUAAAAACGGGUCACCGCUCCAGCAAGAGAGCCUCGUCCAGGAAGGAGAAGACGAGUCAACACUCGGCGUCUGACCAUGACUUAGUGCGGCACGGUGGCUCCCAGGAGCAGCUGGACUCUGGUUUAGGCUCCAUAGACAGUCAGCCAGUUGAGGCUCCUUGGAGUCAGUGUGAUCACCAGUAUGUGGGGCCAUAUGGGAGCAGCCAGCGUACACACAGCGUAAGGCAGCAGUACUGCCCUCCUGGAAGUGCACCAUGCAGCUGCUGCUCCCAUGGCCUUCCCUCUCAGGGAACAGCUUUCCAGCCUCACAGCAUUGGGCAAGUGAGCAGCCACAGCGCUGAUAUGAUGCCUCGCGGCGGCUCGCCUCACUACCCCAGCUACUGCGCAUACCCCAUCAGCAUGCAUGUGUACAGUCACCCAACAGAUUUCCACCGUCGCCGCCACCACCACCAGCAGCAGCAGCAGCAGCAGCAGCAGUACUGGUCCGAUCCGUUGGGCGCUCCUCCUCCGGCGGUCCACGGCCUGCCGAGGGAGCGCUGGGAUCCUCUUCCAGUCUCGCAGCCGAACCCCAGCCGGGAGGAGAGAGAAGUCGUGCGGAAGAAGCUUCUCGCCAUCUUCAGUGCCAACUUGGUGGACACGGCCAUGGACAUGUUUCCUCAGAUAAUGGAUCCGCAGAUGCUGGUGGCUGAGAUCCUCAUGUUACAAAGUCAGAACCGGUCGCUGAGAUGAGACGAGCCCAGUCUGAACCCUAGUCUUGUAGUGAAGAGACUAAAGAUAAACAUGAGUUAGUGUAGUUAUGUAUUGUGGUAUCCACCCUCCUAUUAUCUGUAUUUAAAUGCCUCUGCGUUGCCUCAGUAAGCUGUUAAGAGGCAUAUACGGUUGAUACAAAUUGUAUCUUUAUUUAUAAAAUGUAAAAAGAAAUGUGGGUUUUAAUGCCUUUGAAUGGGAAUAUUGUCCCCUUUAUUUGGUACACCGUUAAAUUUAGUUCAUUAUAACUUUUAUUAUGCCAAGAUGUAGAUGCGACACAUCUACCAAUGUUAUUUAAUGUGCACCAAAAACCUCAUGAGCUUUUUACUGACCUGCAUUGGAUCAUAAAGGUGUACCUAAUGAAAUGGCCCCUUGUGUUGUGUGUGUGAGAUGAAUUAUGAAUGUAACAAUGUCUCUUUGUGUCAUAUUGGCACGGUUUAUGCCUUCACUGUCAGCUAAUUCAGUCAAUCCAACCCUCCAGUAAAAGUGUCUUGAUGAAAAACAGUUCUCACUGACAGUUCCAUUUGAAGCUUCAAACCGGACGUAUAAAGCUUCGUAUUUGUGGUUUUUGUGUGUUUGGGUGCUGAGCUGUUGACAUACCCCUGUCACUGUUUGACAUCAGGUCCAAAAAAAAAAAAAAAAAAGUUAAAUUCAUAAUUCAUUCAAUGCUUCAGGGCUAGUUUGACGAAUGAGACACAUUUUGUCAACACAACACAAAUCAUGUCAAAUGUUGGAUUGGAUUCUUAGAAGUGAUCGAAACACAGUGUGUGUUUAAGACUUGACUGCACAAGUUAAUGCUUCCUUUCACACGUAUUUACGUGUUCAGUCAUUCAAUGUCACAGCUGAAGCCACAAUAUGCAGUUGCCUCAGAAACCUCACUUUUUGCACCUUACAUCUGAGUAAAAGUACUCUUUAUUCAGUACUUGGUUAACACUUCUUUGACAGUCGGUGCAGUUUUACAUCUUUUUAUUUAUUUAUUCUUUUUUUUUUUGUUGUUUAUUUUUUUUUAUGAAGAUCCCAUUGAGACUUCAAGGGAGUCCAUGGCCAAGAUAGGCAGCAGCAAAUACAACAGCCAGUUACAGACAGAAGACAAACAAAGGAUUACAUUCACACGCAGAUUAUAAAAGUGUGUAUUGUGGAGUUGGCCUCAAGUACUCUCAUUGUGAAAUAAACACAGUUAUUCUCUAGUCAUUCUUGGAUCACUUGAGGCAGUUCCCACUUUGGACGUGUCUUAAAGCUGCUGUUUUCAGGUCUCUCCACAGAUAUUUUAUGGCGCUUUAGUGUGGUCUUAGGUUGAACCACUCAAAAUUACAACUCUGUCUGUGCAGCUGAAAGGGUUCUCUUUCACAUUCACAUACAGCAUGAUGCUACCACCACCAUGCCUCACUGUAGAGAUGGUAUUUGCAAGUGAUGAACAGUGGCUGAUCUUUUGCAGAUGAAAUGCUCCAAUAUCUAUCCAUGUAGUUCUGUUUUUGUCUCAUCAGAAACAUCAGAUAAGAUUGUUUUCAUGUUUCCAGUUUUUGUAACGUGGCCUGUGAAACACCAAACUCUCGUCCUGUGUCUCGCUGCUCUACUGUAAAAGCGUGAUUGGACAAGAUUGAUUGAUAAAAAUGGUUUCAUGCCCUUUUACCUGAUCUAUGCAACACUGCAGUCAUACCGCGGAGAUGGAAAUAAGGUCGAGGGACUGUUGGGUUCCUGAUCUUUCAUGGUCUUGUUCAUACCUCUCUGAACUAUGUCCACUGUAUCAUUUUGCCACAGAUGAAAAAAUGUAAUCUGCAGCACAUAAUAGAAAAAAAUAAAGCUUGCAAACAGUGA